AUGGCCAAGAGCACAGAGAUUGACGACAUCUUUGCGAACAAGUCGGCGACGUCAAACACGUCUGAUAGCGCCAAAGCCAAGAAGGGCGGCAGAACAUCUGUCAAAACCCAAAAGGCGCUGCCUGAACCUGUCGUCAAGCCCGCAGCUACCGACACGACAAGCAAGCAGGCUGACAAGCUCAAGUCCAAGGCGAGCAAGACGAGUGACGCGGCAAUGGCCACCAGGGUUGAGACAGUCGUAGACCCUUCGUCGGCUCAGCCGGCGGCGACGAAGCGUUCACGUCCUGCCAUGACGGAGGAGGAUGCUGCGUUUGGCGACUCAAGAGGUACUACUCGUCGACGGACAGACGACGGGCUCCCAAUUUAUGAUGCCGCCGAGCUUAAGAUUGGCCUCGGCGGUGAUACUCCGCUUUGCCCAUUCGAUUGCGAUUGCUGCUUCUAG